AUGAAAACUCCCGAGGCAAAAACGUCCUAUGGCAAAAAUUCCCAAGAUGAAAACUCCAGAGGUAAAAAGUUUUAUGGCAAAAAGUCCUACAGCGAAAAUUCCCAAGAUGAAAACUCCAGGGGCAAAAAGUUCUACAGUAAAAAAUCCUACAGCAAAAAUUCCCAAGAUGAAAACUCCAGAGGCAAAAAGUUCUAUGGCAAAAAGUCCUACGGCAAAAAUUCCCAAGAUGAAAACUCCAGGGGCAGAAAGUUCUACAGCAGAAAAUCCUACAGCGAAAAUUCUCAAGAUGAAAACUCCAGAGGCAAAAAGUUCUACGGCAAAAAGUCCUACAACGAAAACUCCAGUGGCAAAAAUUGCUAG